GGCUCAAUAACCUCAGGGUGAAGUUUUGAAAACUGCCUAAGCAACUGGGAUGUCCAAGUUCCUUCAGAAUGAAUGGGAAUUGGAUGUCCAAAUUGCCCAGCUGACGGGGAAAAUGUCACCCAGGAAAUUUAAGGUUGUUUUAGAAAAGUAAUUAAAGUUUUCAGAGAGGGUUGAAAUAUAGGGUGAAUCAAUGGAACAACUUUUCAGCCGGUUGCUGGAUUUCUUUGUCUGGAGUUUCUUGAGUGUAAACUGAAGAAGUUGGAUUAGGUGGUGGUUGUUGGUUUUUGUUUUGGAAAGUGGGGCUCUAAUUUAAAGGGAAAAGAUCUGGGGUUUGUGAGUCAGUUCAUGGAGUUCCAGCAUUCCUCUGAGAGAGAUGGAACAGAACAUCAAAAGAUUUCCUCUCCAUCUGUCUUUGUUGUGAAAUCGACAAAGCCAAGAGAAAACGAUGGCAACAAGUUGACGGCGGCUUGUUUAGUUAAGGAUUUCUACCCCGGGGACAUAAGCGUAAGCAUGAGUCAAGAGAAAGAGGUUGUAUACAAAUCGAAAGAAGGCAUUCUCUCUUCCAAUGGGAAAUACAGCAUGAUCCAGGUGGUCAAGGUUGAACCUAAUGAAGAAGUGAAGUGCUUUGUUAAACACAAAGGAGCCUAUACUAACCAGACAGAGCCUCAAUCAGCUCCCAUUCAGGCCCCAAUCAAUAACACUCAAUGGUGUGAACCUUCAAAUUCCACUUCCGAAGAGCCAAACAUGGAAAAAGUGAACAUGCUGUCAGUGACUGUGCUGGGCCUGCGAGUUCUGCUUGCCAAAAGCAUCGCCUUCAACAUGCUUAUGACGGUCAAGUUGUUCAUUUUCUGAGGUUGUGAGGAGUGAACCAGCAACGGGCUGAAGACAGGAGACAGGGACCAGUGCCAGCGACUUCAGUUGGGGCGGAUUCCCAACUGGUAUAAACCAAUGUAAUGCUAUUGGAGAGAGUUGGAACAAAUCCCCAACUGGUGUAAAUGGCCUGUCGUGCCCUCCGAGUCAAUGGGCCGCAUCCCCAGCUGCUGUCAAUCGGCGACUUUAAUACAUCUAUACCAAUUAUCACCUUCUUGGGAUUUGUCCCUAGAUCUUCUUUUCCAUGUUUUAAAUUAUUCAGUUUUUUCUGUUCCCCAUUCCCUUCAUUGCUAGUUAGUUCUGACUCUUAACUGACGUAUAACAAGAUAGUAAGUACUUGUAUUCUUCUUCAGUCUUCUGUUUAAUAGGAACAUUUAGCGGGAAGUUUCCCUACCACAGUAUUACAUUGAGGCUUCCAAAUCCCUUAGGCAGCUUUGCAUAGUCUCAGUUUGAUUUUUUUCACUAUAUAAAAAUACUGGUUUAUUGCUUAGGAAAUCCAUUCAUAGCUGAAGCAUUUAUCAUUUUAGUGUAGAAAAUUUGCACCAGGUCUGUCACUGGUAUAAAUUGGUGCAACUCAGUUGACUUCAACAGAGCUGUGCUGACAUACACCAGGUGGGGGUGUGACGACACAUGUACUCACGUUAUUUGUGAUAGCUGGUCAUUUCACCUCGGGGAUCUGUGCAUUUAUAUGAAACUGGUGGUUGCAGCUUUCUGUGCUUAUUAUGGAAAUAAUAAAGGUGAUUGUGCAAAAGGAAA